GAGUCACCUCCUGGAAAUGAUGCCUUUGUGAAAAAUCUCUGGAAAGAAUUCAAUCUGUCAAGUAGCCUUAGUUCACAACAUGACUUCAUCUGGACGCAAAGACAGGAAAGCUGUUUUAUCUUUUCACUUGAACUCCGAUUAGCGUUCCGGGCUAACCGUGCCCCGGUUUCCGUUCUAAUGAGUAUCCUAGACAUGAGUCUGCGCCGGCAAAUGGGUUCGGAUCGAGACCUGCAGUCUUCCACUUCCUCCGUGAGCUUGCCCUCCGUCAAAAAGGCUCCCAAAAAACGACGCAUUUCCCUCGGCUCCCUCUUUCGGAGGAAAAAAGACACCAAGCGGAAAUCGAGGGAUCUAACGAGCGGAGUUGAUGGCAUCGCAAGUAUCGAGAGCAUACAUUCUGAAAUGUGCACGGAUAAGAACUCCAUCUUCUCCUCCUGUACCUCCUCCGACAAUGGCACGGCCCCCGGCAGCAAGCAGAGCGGCGACUUUCUGGAGUGCCCCUUGUGCCUCCUGCGGCACUCCAAGGACCGAUUCCCCGAGAUAAUGACCUGUCACCAUAGGUCUUGCGUGGAUUGCUUGCGACAGUACCUGAGGAUAGAAAUAUCCGAGAGCAGAGUUAACAUCAGCUGCCCGGAAUGCUCCGAACGGUUUAAUCCUCAUGACAUUCGCUUGAUAUUGAGCGAUGACAUCUUGAUGGAAAAAUACGAAGAAUUUAUGCUGAGGCGGUGGCUCGUCGCGGACCCGGAUUGCCGGUGGUGCCCCGCUCCGGACUGCGGGUACGCCGUGAUAGCAUUUGGCUGUGCCAGCUGUCCCAAACUUACAUGUGGACGUGAAGGCUGUGGAACCGAGUUCUGCUACCACUGCAAACAGAUUUGGCACCCCAACCAGACCUGUGAUGCCGCCCGCCAGGAGAGAGCUCAGAGCUUACGCCUGCGAACGAUCCGUUCUUCGUCCAUUAGUUACAGCCAAGAGUCUGGAGCAGCAGCUGACGAUAUAAAGCCAUGCCCACGCUGUGCCGCUUACAUAAUCAAAAUGAACGACGGAAGCUGCAACCACAUGACGUGUGCCGUCUGUGGGUGUGAAUUCUGUUGGCUGUGUAUGAAAGAGAUCUCAGAUUUACAUUAUUUAAGCCCAUCAGGUUGUACUUUUUGGGGGAAAAAACCCUGGAGUCGGAAGAAGAAAAUAUUGUGGCAGCUGGGAACGCUUGUGGGUGCUCCUGUAGGAAUUGCUUUAAUAGCAGGCAUUGCUAUUCCUGCCAUGAUUAUCGGAAUCCCUGUGUACGUGGGGCGGAAGAUUCACAACAGAUAUGAAGGCAAGGAUAUUUCAAAACAUAAGCGGAACCUAGCUAUAGCAGGUGGCGUAACUUUGUCCGUAAUAGUAUCUCCGGUUGUAGCUGCAGUAACUGUCGGAAUUGGUGUUCCCAUCAUGUUGGCUUACGUAUACGGAGUUGUUCCCAUCUCUCUCUGCCGAAGCGGAGGCUGUGGAGUGUCAGCUGGCAAUGGAAAGGGAGUCAGGAUCGAGUUUGAUGAUGAAAAUGAUAUAAAUGUUGGCGGAACCAAUACGGCAGUAGAUACGACUUCAGUAGCAGAAGCCCGGCACAACCCUAGCAUUGGGGAGGGAAGCGUCGGUGGGUUGACCGGCAGUUUGAGUGCAAGUGGUAGCCACAUGGAUCGGAUAGGAGCCAUUCGUGACAAUCUCAGCGAAACCGCCAGCACCAUGGCCCUGGCCGGGGCUAGUAUAACAGGAAGCUUGUCGGGAAGUGCAAUGGUCAACUGUUUUAACAGGUUGGAAGUACAAGCAGAUGUACAGAAAGAACGCUACAGCCUGAGCGGUGAAUCUGGCACUGUCAGUUUGGGAACAGUCAGUGAUAAUGCCAGCACCAAAGCAAUGGCAGGAUCCAUUCUAAAUUCCUACAUCCCACUGGAUAAGGAAGGCAACAGCAUGGAGGUCCAAGUCGACAUCGAGUCGAAGCCAGCCAAGUUCCGCCACCACAGCGGGAGCAGCAGCGUGGACGACGGCAGCGCGCCGCCUCGGGGAAACGCGGCGGCCGGGCCCGGCAGCGGCCUGCCGGACAGCAAAUCCAGCGGGCCCAAGUGGUCCAAAGAAGCAGCCGCCGGGAAGAAAUCCAAAGGGAAACUGAGGAAAAAGAGCAGCAUGAAGAUCAACGAGACCCGGGAAGACAUGGACGCCCAGUUGCUAGAACAGCAAAGCACCAACUCCAGCGAAUUCGACUCCCCCUCGCUGAGCGACAGCCUGCCGUCGGUGGCGGAGUCGCACUCGAGCCAUUUUUCCGAGUUCAGCUGCUCGGACCUGGAGAGCAUGAAGACUUCCUGCAGUCACGGGUCCAGCGACUACCACGCCCGUUUCGCCACGGUCAGCGUCCUCCCCGAGGUGGAAAACGACCGGCUGGAAAACUCCCCGCAGCCGAGUGGCGGGGACGGGCCGGCGCUGAGCCACGGGGCCGAGGAACACUCCGACCCCGGGGGCACUGGCGCCGUCCGCUCCUGCUUCGGGGACGUCCUGAAGGAAGCCAACAACAACCACCACCCCCAGCCGGAUAGGGAACUGAACGCUGCCAUCCACACGGAGAUCUAGGCCGCGAGAUGUGGACCGCUCAAAACGGCACACACACCCCACCCGUCUGGAGUCCAGUCGAACGGCCCGUGGCUACGGUAAGCUUCCAGAGGCCGGGAGAAGCGACUUCUUCGGAGGACGGGGCAAUUCCAUUUUCUACGGCAGAAAGGCAGGACAUCGCAACGGGUGGCUCUUGGCCGCCAGACUUCUUGAAGUGAAAUGAAGGCUUUAAAAGUGCAUUACAACGGACAAUAAACUGUAAAGUCAAAACUAACGGGGUUUUUUUUGUGCGCACGCGCGUGUGUGGGUGGGCGUGUGGGUGUCUGUGUGUAUGUGCUAGCCACAAAACUUUGCUUGGAAGUACUUAUUUGUGUAUUCAGAUGGAAAUUUGGUUUAAUUUAUAACGGAUAUCUCUCUGUAUAUCUAUCUAGUAGGUAGAUAUAGAGAGACAUAUAUAAAAUACCAAUGAAGUCCUCCCGUCUUCUCGAGACAGACUUGAGGCCUAGGGUUAAGUGGGUGGUGGCAAUUUAUCGAAACCACUAAGGAUCACUGAUUCAGCAAAAUGAAUCACCUCUCCCACCCCCAACCCCCCCAGGAAUCUCACAGGCUGUUCUGCACUAAUUACGAUAAUAAUGAUGGCAUUUGUUAAGCGCUUACUAUGUGCCAAGCACUGUUCUAAGCGCUGGGGGGAAUA